AUAUAAAUAUUAUACGUUAAAGUGAUGCUUAUAGUGGGUUUUCGAGAAUUUCUACUUUUUCGUCAUGAAAGCUUUGUAUUUUAGAUAACUCUUAAUGUUGUCAUACUUUUAUCAAUGCACCUUACUCUGUUUUUCAUGAUAUUUCUCAAACCUUUACUACCUUUACUACUUUUUAAUAUAGUCACCAUUCUUCUUAAAAUGUUCAUUUGUCGAAAUACUUUCGGUUGAGCUGUAAGACAGUAAAAUUUAAAUACUUGAUAACCCAAUAUAAAAAUUACUAUAAUAUACAUAUGGAAAUGCCUGAAUCGGCGCUACACCUGCUGCAGAUAAUGUGAUCCAGCUCGACCUGAGUCGUAAAUAUUCCUUUUCUAUAGUUUGUAAACUAAACAAUAAAUAUUGCGACCAUGCGUCUGUAGGCGAAUCAUAGUAUAGGACGUGAUGAAUAUUCCAGUGUUCCGCGACCCUUGAGCGACGGCUUACUAUAAAAAUCGCUCGCGUCCUAAUAUGCAUCAAUCGAGAGUUUCUCAAGUCGCGUGUUUGAUAGCAAGCUUAUAAGAAUAUAUUACGAAAAUUUUCUAGAAUACUGUGAAUGCGCGGUCAACUUUUUCCAUUUUUUCUUUUUUCGAUAACUUUGUACGAUUUUCAAUGGAUGUAUCUAAUACGGUAAGGAAUCACGGAAAAAGGAAGUGCGACCAUGAACUUAGCUUCAAAACAAUCAGAUUUUUCUCGUCUUUGUCGUUCUGUAUAUUAUCUCUGUUUUCUAUAUUCUCGAUCAUGCUUAUCUUUGUUUUUUUUUUAUUUAUAAAACACUGAGCUUAUGUGACUAGCGUACACGAUUUUGUUACGCUUGCUCAUUAAAUUGUACAUUCUCCAAUUGUAAAUAACUAGUUUAUUUCGUGAUAAUAUGUAAAUGUGUGUGAAAUGGGUGCUUAUAUUUGGUUUAAUGUUAUUGAGUUGUCACAGAAACUCGCGUAGUAAUAGUUAGCAAUGAGGGAGGCAUUUAUACACACGCGAAGCUGUUUGUGUUUUUAUUAUUCCGUUGAAAGAUGAACGUGUUAUUCAAGCUCUAAUGUAUAAAAUACUACUAUUUAUCAUCCAGGGAUUUUCAAUCCGAUUAUAUUGUUUUCUUCUUUUUUUUUUUGUUGCAACUAUUUAAUAGUCCUGUUGCGUUAUUACCACAAUUAUUGUCACUUGGAUGGGAUUUCUCAGGGUUCGUAAGCAAUUAGAUGAAAGUAUAUCUGUAUAGAGAUUUUAAAACGUUAUAUUGCUCGAUUAAGAAAAAAAAAUGUUGAAAGAUAUGAUGACGAAGUACAAGAGUUGGAACAGAGCGGAAAGAGCGUUUGAAAGAUAGAAUCAGUGUACCCGUGUUUAUCUAUUGAUUUAUUUACAUAUUUACGUAUGCACACAAUUUUAUGUUAAUUUAUUCAUGUUGUCUUAUGCGAGAGAGCAGUUGUUUUUAAUUUUUAAAUCAACUUUUAUUUAUGUUCUCAAGUUCUCUUCAAUUAAACGAGCAACUUGACUGUACGUGGUGGUGUAUGCAUUUGCGACUAGAAAAUUCGAUUUUGGAUUAACAAUCUUAUCAAAUUUUUCGCGCUGUCUCACUGUGAAGCAGACGCUACAUUACUCGGUAACGAUUAGUCAAACGCCUUUUCAGCGAAAUUCUAACAAAAAAAUAUACAAGCGUACCUAACUUCGUUUAAUAUACAUACUUAAAAGAUGCGUUAUUAUAUGAGGGAGAGCCCCAACGUGUUGUUUAAACAGAAUAAAAAAUUGUUCAGCAUGUUUGAUGAGAGUGCUAAACGUGAAUCUAUUAAGAAUCUUGAAAAGAAUCAUAAGAGAUGUGUACAGACCCAUAUUCUAUUGCUACUUAUAUGAGGUCAGCAAGUACUGCGAAUUGACAAAACUUUGAAAAACAAAAGCUAAAACAAGUAAAUAAUUGGUGGGUUUACAAUAACUUUCGCAAGCACGCUACAUCGCCUUUUUUAUACGUACAUUAUACAUUUAAAUUGAUAAGUAUUUAGAGAAAGGGGGUGGAAAAAAUAAAGGAAAGGCAAAAAAAUAUAAACAUACAUGCAUAUUCACCUCACACUAUUCCCAAAUGAUGAGAAAGAUAGAGAGGGAGAGAAAAGCGCUUGUCGCUUGUUUCUUCAUGUGUCAAGCCUCGUAUAUGUUUAUUCUCACUGUUUUCCUCAAUUAUGUCUGUUCCAGAUCAAGUCUGAUUUGUCAAUAAAGAUUAACAACCAAAUCAAUGGGAAACCACAAAAAGCUCCAAAAGCUUUAUAGUCAUCAUCGUCAUCGACGAUGUCAGUCAGAAGCAACAGAACGUCAAGAGCGUCAUCAGGCCACUGCAGCCUGACAGCGAAGCUGGUGCGCGAUGCCGUGAAGGAAUUGGAGAAGAGGCGACAGCGUGUGCCACUCUCGCUGCUCUUGACUCACUUCCAGCAACGGCUGCCAGUACAGCGCAACGUCGAGCUGCUUAAGCACGAGAUUAUCGAACAGGCCACCAAAGCCGUCAAGCUCGGCUAUCUCAGGCAAUUCGCCGACGGCAGCUACUGCCUGUCCACCCUCAGGUGGCAGGCGACCGCCGAGGAGUUUGGAUGGGAUUAAAUCGAAGAGCUUCUGCGAAUACACUGGACUUGACUUUUUCUACGGGUUAUUGAAUUUGAACGAAAUUGAAAUGAAGAGGAAAAGUAAAGAAAAAUCAACUGAUAGCUAAUUAUUUUACAAGUAAAGUGUACAAUUUCGUCAAAGCUCUACUUUGUAAUUAAAUUGCAAUAAAAUACAUUUCUACAAAAA